GGAGGCGAUAUCUGUGCCAUACCACCUUACCACGCCGUGACGACACACGUUUUCCACCAGCCAGCGAGUACACGCAGUUUCUACGCGCGGUGUCAUUCUUGGACACGCAAUCAGGUGUCGCGCUUCUAUCACGCUACCGGCGACGCCCGACUGGUUUCCCACGUCCCCCCGUUUUGGUUUGUAUUAUUCUGAAGCCUGUGUGGUUCAUCGUUGGAUGCAGGAAGGUGACGUCGAGGGUGGGCGUGGAAGAUGUCAACAUGCCAGUGAAGGGAAGCGGAAAGCAGCCUGAUGUGACUAGAGCAUCUUAAUGUGGAUAUCUGAAGCCUGGAAAUACAGCACAUCCGUUUCUCUUUGAAUAGGCCAGCCGCGGUGGGAAAUUGAAAUUCAAGGAAAGUUAGUAUCGACCCCGGGCUGGAGAAACCGGCACUGCAUUGAGUUCUUCCCACGACCAGCCACCCUUCCAGAACCCGGGCUGCCCUCAGUCGACGAGCCAAAGCCCAACCGCCAGCUCCUUUACGCUGGAUCUUCAUGAGCAGAUGCCUCCAGCAAUGAUGUAGACAGACAAUGACGAUGAUGAUGACGAUGAUGCUGACAAGGAUCACGAUUGGCUGAGCCAAAAGGAAGAGCUGCACUGGAAUCUCUCGCUCCACUGAAACUCUGGGCUUAAAAACCUAACAGGCCCGAAUCCCCGCCCACCUCGCUCUAUGUCUGUCCUGAUUGGGCAGCAGGAGAGCCAUGUCUUCCGCCACCCCUCCCUCAGCCCCGCCCCUUAAGAAGGGAAGGAAGCCGGAGCGGUCCCAGAACAUGGCCGACGAGACGCACAGCGCCAAUGAGGAGUUGAAGGGACGGCUGAUGGACGCACACAUGGAGCUGCAGCAGGAGAGGAGCAAGGUGUCCAAGCUGCGGGAGCGCGUGCAGGAGCAGCGGCAGGCGCGGGAGCUGGAGCAGCACAAGCACGCGGUGGCGCUCACGGACCUGCGCGCCAAGCUGCACGAGGAGAAGCUGCGGGAGCUGCUGGUGGCGCGCGAGGCGCAGGGCCGGCAGCACGAGGUGGAGCUGGCGCGCGCCAUCAAGAUCCGGGAGAGCGAGGCGCAGCGGCUGCAGGGGCUGGUGACGGUGCUGCGGGACGGCGCCCCCGACAAGCUGAAGAGCGCCCUGCUGACGGAGGCCCGGGAGGAGGCGCGGCGCGGCUUCGACCUGGAGCGCAUCAAGCUGCAGCAGGAGGUCCAGGAGCAGAAGGUGACCAGGAAGCAGGCCGAGGAGGCCCUGGCCAACGCGCUGCAGGCAGACAAGGCCAAAGCAGCCGAUCUCCGCACGGCCUACCAGCACCACCAGGAUGAGGUGCAUCGCAUCAAGAGGGACUGCGAGAAGGACAUCCGGCGGCUGAUGGACGAGCUGAAGGCCAAGGACCGGCAGGUGGGCGCCCUGGAGCGGGAGCUGGGCGCGCAGGCGGGCCACGCCCAGAAGCUGCAGCUGCAGAAGGAGGCGCUGGACGAGCAGCUGGGUCACGUCCGCGAGGCCGAGCGCCACGGCAACCACGGCAGCCCCAAGAGGGAGGCCAUGCCCUGGCUGGGGGAGACCCCCGACCUGCUCUACAACCAGGACGCGGAGGAGCGGGACCUGCGGCGCUUCCAGCUGAAGAUCGCCGAGCUGCACUCGGUCAUCAGGAAGCUGGAGGACCGCAACGCCCUACUGGCCGACGAGAGGAACGAGCUGCUGAAGAGGGCCCGCGAGGCCGAGAGCCAGGUGAAGCCCAUCUUCGAGAAGAGCAAGCGGCUGUCGAAGAAGAACGACGACAUGCUUCACACGCUGCAGCGCAUGGAGGAGAAGCUGAAGAACCUGAGCCGCGAGAACGCCGAGAUGAAGGAGAAGGCCGCAUCCACCGCCUCCUCCAACUCCUCUUCGCGCUCCCAUUCCCAGCAGCCGUCCCAUCACUCCCAGCUCAGGCGACCCAUCUCGCUGACGGACUUAAGCCACGCCCACGAGGAACAGGAAGUGGAGUUCCUCAAGCUUCAGAUUUCCGAGCAGCGCGGCGUUAUCGACGAGCUCACGCAGGAACGUGAACGACUACUGAUCAACAAGAAGAACAAGCGGAAACCCCUGAAACCCACUAAGAGGCAUGUUGUGGAGACAUAUUUUGGAUUUGACGAGGAGUCAGUGGACUCCGAGACCUCCUCGCUGACCUCCUUCAACACGGACCUGACCGACCGGACCCCCGCCACCCCAGAGGAGGACAUUGAGGAGGGCGUGUCCCGGGAGGAGGCGGAGCUCCGGUUCCGCCAGCUGACCCGGGAGUACCAGGCGCUGCAGCGGGCCUACGCCCUCCUGCAGGAGCACAGCGGGGGCUCCAUGGACGCCGAGCGGGAGGCCCGGACGCGGGAGCAGCUGCAGGCGGAGCUGAGCGGCUGCCAGGCCAAGAUCGCCGACCUGGAGAAGGCCUUGGUCGAGAGGGGGCAGGACGCCAAAUGGGUGGAGCAGAAGCAGUACUUACUACGGGCCAACCAGGACUACCACGAGAAGAUGUGUGUCUCUCAGCAGGCGGAGGCCCGUCUGCAGGCGGAGGUGCAGGACGCCCGCGACCAGAACGAGCUGCUGGAGUUCCGCGUGCUGGAGCUGGAAGAACGGGAACGCAGAUCUCCGGCCCUUAACCUCCACAUGUCUAGCUUCACUGAGAACAGCAGCAGUGCUUUGCAAACCCACUGCCACCAGGAAGGGGUGAAGGACCUGAUUAUUCCCGAGCUGAUGAAGAAGCUGGAUAUCCUGGGAGACAACGGGAAUCUGCGGAACGAGGAGCAGGUGACGGUGAUCCAGGCGGGAACGGUGCUGUCACUGUGUGAGAAGUGGCUGAAGCAGAUAGACAACACAGAGGCAGCCCUGACCCAGAAGAUGAGCGAUCUGGAGAAUGACAAGGAGCUGUUCAGCAAGCAGAAGGGCUUCCUAGAAGAAGAGCUGGACUACAGGAAGCAGGCCCUGGACCAGGCAUACAUGCGUAUCGAGGAGCUGGAGGCCACCCUGUACAGCGCCCUGCAGCAGGAGCAGCCGGGGGGCCGCGCGGUGGCCGAGGCCCUCAGCGAGCGGCAGAGGGAGGAGCUCCGUCUGGCCGUGGACAGGCUGCGGCGGCAGAUCCUCAGGCAGAGCCGGCAGUACGACAGCCAGAUCCUGCAGGAGCGCAUGGAGAUGCUCCAGCAGGCCCACCAGAGAAUAAGGGAGCUGGAGAACCGCAUCGACGGGCAGAAGACACAGAUCAAGGAGAUCGAGGAGAAGUUUCUGUUCCUCUUUCUGUUUUUCUCUUUAGCCUUUAUUCUCUGGCCUUAGAGGCCGAAAUACAGACCGGCAUCAGGUGCCAAGACGCAAGCGAGGACAAAACGCAACAAAUGUCUUUUAUUUUUUUCUGAAGCAUUUCGAAGACGGUGCAAGAAACACC